ACUCUUGGAUGUAGCUACUAUAGGCAAAUACAGCAGGGGGAAAACAGAAAGGCCUCUGUGUGUGUAUCAGCAGCAUCAUGGACACAGAAUAUUCUAAGAGAGUGUAUCAAGGCGUUCGAGUGAAGCACACAGUCAAAGACUUGCUGGCGGAGAAGCGAUCCCGGCAGACAAAUGGACCCAGAUACAGCGGAGGAUCAACCACUCCACCUUCAUUUGUCCAGAUGUCAGGUACUCACAUGCUGCCCAGCUACUAUGGCAUAAGGGGACGUUCCUUCAUCUCUGACUCAGACUUCUGCCCAUCCAGCAAGCAGUUCUCCCCUGAUGUCUAUUCCUCCACCCUUGGGGGUAAGCCCCUAGGCUGCGAGCCCUCCACCAUGGCCGGCUACUCCUCUCUCAUCGACAGCUACUACCCAGAAACCUUUGGUGACUACCGUAGUGCCGCCACAUUCUCCAGCUCUGGAGGGUCCUUCCUGCCCUCAUCUGCACUGUCCUCCCUGCUACCGCCUUUCAGCGGAGAGUCCUCACAUUUAUUUCUGAGAGACUCAUGGGAGCAGUCUGAGCCGGUAUCCCAGGUGGAGGCUCUCUGCCAGGACAGCCUGGCCUCUGUUAGUGUCCCACCCUCCAUGCCCAGCCCCGAACCCCCAGGGAGCCCCUCCCAAUACCGCUCUCCAAGCCGAAGCUCCUCCUUGGGUCCUGUCCCCAGCAGCCAGCCCUAUACCCUGCAUUCUCUGGAGGAUGUCCACUACCACCCUUUAACCUCCACCAGCACUUAUCCCACUACACCAUCCUCCUCCUUCCCCUGCCCUCCUUACAUGAGCAGUCCUGUCAGUGAUCUGGUGACCAAGAUGGUGACGGAGGAGGCGGUCGACAGCCACAGCAGCCUCACCACCAGCACCGAAGCUCAUUCCUCCUGGGCUAAGGAAGAGGGGGUGAGCUCCUGGUCGCCCUAUGAGAUUAGGAGGGCAUACUGACUGAAUUCAGAAGAUUGCAUUUUUACAGACAAUUCAUUGAUGAACUCAACACUCUGGUGUAAAUUCUCUGGGAGGUUUUUGAAGAAAAUUUUAACAUCAAUUUGCUAAAAAUAUUCACAUUUUAAAGUGUCCCUAUUGUGCUCAUUCAUUGUAUACUUUGUGUAGUCUAACUUUGUACUUUGAGCUGCAGGUCUUUAUUUCACCAUCUGUUGGAAAUGCUUUGUUAGCCGCUGUCUCUGUGACCCUUCAGAAAGUCACAUCUGCUCUGGGUGUGACAGAGAAAGACAGAGCUGAGAGAAUCUAAACUACAGACUUAGAGCUGCUGGAUGAACAAUGUGGUAACGCCAUUUCUUAGUUACCCCAAGCAUCUUUUUCCUGCUGGCAAAAAAUCUGAGCAUAUCUGACAUCAUAUAUACCAAGAAAUGUAAAAUGCAGCAUAUCUGUGAUAGGCUGAUGAUAUCAAGCAACUAAUUUAUCCAUCAGGGUAUCAAAUAGUAAAGUGUGUUAACUACACACUUCACUAAGCACUAAAACAUAAAGGAGAGGAGGCUCAGGUGGCUCUGGCUAAGAAUGAUGGGUGACUGCAAGACAGUUGAAGGAGCUUCGCAUUCUGUUGAGGGUGUGCCAGGCUAGCUCCUAAACAGUCAAUAUCUUUGAGUGUCACAUAGUGACACAGAUAAGUAACAGAAAAAAAGAGCUCUUAAUGAGGCGUUUGAGGCAAUUCAGCAGCAGUGCUGUCGAGGGAAGUGAAUAGGUCCAUUUGUCCUGUGUAAUUUUGAAAAACACAUGCACAGAAAAUCCAGAGAAAACUGUAGAGAAAGGGGCACAA